GACAUUGACCAUGCAUUGACGAAAGGACAGAAAUUUCCAUAACUUUGUUUCACCAUGGUUUCACAGUGUCAAUUUCUUUGAGAAAGUUCUCAAGCAAAAUAUAAACAUGAACCCCAACAGGGGCUCAUACAGCCAGAAAAAGAAGAAAGAAGCAGUUCGUCGGCUUUCUCAGGGUGGACCACGGGGAGGAAGGGGGAGACGACAGGCCAAUCCUGAGGACUCCAGGUCGUUUGGGCGUGUGCCAAGAAGGGCAAGGCGCUCUCGCGACUCACUGGAAGAAGAUGGUCAAAGCUCAAGUAGAGGGCUGUUCAGUGGACGUACAGUCUUCGCUACAGAUUCCCCGUCGUCUGGUACUAACCUGGUCAUCCAGAGAACAGUAGAGGGCCUCUCACAAGGAAGUGAUAGUAGUCCUGAUCUGGCGAAAACCUCCCAAAGAAGGAUCGUAGCUGCCGCAGACAACUCCAGUCUGAGUGGUACUACUUCCCUGUUUGGGAAAUCCACUGAAGCUGGACAAGGUGCUUACUCGGGAGCUACUUUCUCCUCAAGAAUGUUUAGCUCAUCACAGAAGCCUUCAGAUGAUUCUGCUAAGCAUGAAAGUGGACACCCGUUCCGGGGUGUCUCUCCUCCGAAGAGUUUGUUUGGAAAACCAGAACAUGUCUUCGGGCGUGUCUCCCCAUCAUCCAACAAUCCAUUUGAACGUCUGACUCGAGGAGUACCUUCGACAGGUUCCAUGACAUCGGGGAUUCCUGAAACACUUUUUAAGACCCAAGAAGCUGUUCCCGGACGAGAAUCAGUGACCAGAAACCUCUUCGGGAAGGCACUCCAGACAGCAGAUACUGUUCAAUCCAAGUCUGCAAAGCCGGUGACAACCUUCACAGACCAACCUUCAUCCAAAGUUGUCUUCAGACGAGAAGGUCCAGCUUCGGGGAGUGCGCCGCUUGAAGCUACUGCAGCGGUUCAGGCAGAACAAAAACCGCCAUCACAGACACUUUUCGGAAAGGUAAACGAACCUUCAGCUCAGCGCGAGGCAAAGAGGCAACUCUCUCCUAGUAGAGCAGAAGCCGCCCGCAAACGGACACUCACAACUUUUGAUGACCCUUUCUCAUCAAGCUCUCAAGGUGACAUCACUGAUUUGGAGACCUUUGGCGCCUCUAAGAAAGAACCCAAGCCUAAGAAGCCAGUUAUCAAAAGAGCUGGGUUAUUCGGGAAAGCGCUCGCCGAGGCUAGCGGAAUGGAUCGUGACCCUCGGUCCAGGACAAGAAGCCGCAGCCCGGAUAGGAGACAAGGACACAGUCCCGACGAAAGAAAGCGUGUCGACGAAAGAAAACGUGUCGACGAAAGAAAGCGUCUCGACGAAAGAAAGAAUCUCGAUGAGAGAAAGCGUCACAGCCCUGUUGAGCGGAAACGACCCAGCCCAGAAAAGCAGGCUGAAGAUGUGAGGAAAAAACAUCGGGAUGAAAAUAAACCAGCUCGAAGGACUUCCACAUCCUCACGGCGAUACACCAGUCCAGAAGAAGUUAAACAUUUAACUUCUAUUCACAUUAAGGGAGUGCCCCCAUCGGUCAACUCUAAAGAACUUCUUCGGGGGAUUUUCACCAAGUUUGGUUCUGUCAAACGAGUUACACCAAACCCGAGUAAGAAUUCUGCCACAAUCACGUUCGAGAAUCACGAUGCUGCUGCCAAUGCAAAGAGGAAAGUUCGCGUAAUGAAGCGAGGUACCGAUCCUGUCAGCAUAUUCUGGAGGCAAACUGAGCAGGGCACCAGAUUGGAGAACAGACAAUUAGUGGAUGACGAACCAUUGUCAAGUGUUAGAAGACCACCGACCAAGCGAGAUAUUCCUAGACAAUCACUGGUACCCUUCAAUCGCAAAAAGGAUGCGAAUCUUAACCCGGAAGAUGGAACCAGCAUCAUGCGGCAGGGUGCAGGGCAAGCCAAAGUGAGCAGCCAACAGAAAACAACCCUGGCUGUACCUGCGCAUCUGCUGAGCAAGACAGUGGGACUGACGGCCCAAGAAAGAUACGACAUCUUGGAGAACAGAGAUAAAAUAGCCAGACAAGGACUUAAGAAACAAUCUAACCUAGCCUCAACCAAUGCCAUCAAGGGAACCUGCCCAGAUAUGUGCCCAGAGAAGGAACGUUAUAUGAGGGUGGUCCAACGCCGGCUACACCCAUUUGAAACCUUAUCAGGAAUAUCCGACAAGGUCAACCAUGAAACAGCAGUCAAAGAAUACAGCAGGUCCUCUGCAGAUCAGGAAGAACCCUUGCCCCAUGACAUGCGCCCUGCCCCAGUUCUCACCAUGACUAUGAACUACUUGAUGCGCUACAUCAUGAAUAACGGACGGGACGGCCAUUGGGAGGAAUGGUUUGACUUCCUCUGGAGUCGGACGAGAGGAAUCCGGAAAGAUAUUACCCAGCAGGAUCUGUGUAACCUGACGGCCAUUGAUCUCAUGGAGAAAUGUGCAAGAUUUCAUAUCUUCUGUUCACAUCGUCUUUGCGAGGAGGACCGCAACACAAUCGACCCCAAGAUCAACAACGAGAAUCUCACCAAGUGCAUGCAAUCCCUGAAGCAGUUCUACCACGACCUGGCAGGCGAGGGAACUGUUUGCCCGAACGAAGCCGAGUUCCGAGCGUACGACAUUCUCCUGAAUCUGAACGAUAGAGACAUUCUCAGGUAA